AUGGAGCUUGGCCCCAGAGCAGGUACAACCACUUUGCCCAGAGCCUGCCUGAGCAGCAAGGAAUUUCAGCAGGACUCAGACUCCUGGCGAACCACCCACAGCCCCUUGGACACCUCCAAGUCCAAGUGCCAGGCCCCGCUCUCCCUGCAGCCGCCUGCAAACCCGGGGGGCAGCGCUGGAAGCAACCAGCUAAGUUCGGCCCACCUGGAGAAGGUGCAGCCUCCACCCCCAACGGCUGUUCACAGGGACUCUCCAGGGAUGGACCCACAGUCCGGGACCUUGCGUAAGGCGAGCUCCAGACUCUCCUGGAGGGAGAGCAGGGACACCUUCCGAGAGGGGGCUGUGCCAGGCGAGGGACUGGAAGGAGGUGCCAGCUUGGAGACCCAGGACCGAAGGGGCUCACCUGCAUGCCAGGAGAAGAGCGUCAUUCCUGACAACAUUCGCCACAAGUUUGGGAGCGACAUGGUGGACCAGCUGGUCACUGAGGAGCAGGCACAAAGGGCCAUUGGUGAAGUCGUGGAGUGCCAGAAGAGGUCAAGUUCAUGGCCCAGCAGCAUCCAGAGUCCCGUGGAAAUCUCCUCCAUCUUCUCAGACUACUAUGAUCUGGGCUACAACAUGCGGUCAAACUUGUUUCAAGGGGCCCCCCAGGAGACGAAGAGCCUCAUGAAGGCCUCCUACACCCCAGAGGUGAUUGAGAAGUCAGUGCGGGACAUCGAACACUGGCAUGGCAGGAAGACGGAUGAUCUGGGACGGUGGCACCAGAAAAAUGCUAUGAACAUGAACUUGCAGAAAGCACUGGAUGAGAAGUUUGGAGAAAAGAGCAAAGCCAGGGCCUCUAAGAACUAA